UGCUACACCCCACGAUGUCGCCCCAGCUACGACGGCCUCGCGCCCGACACGUCAAUCGGCCCAGGGGUUACGGCAGAGACUACGGAGACAUUUGCGAGCGGCCAAAGACGCCGCCCCAGCCUGAUGGCUGAGCGAAUGGCAGGGGACGCCACGACAAGCACACUUGAUAUGCCAUUUGGUGCGCCAACUGAUGCACCUCGUCAACUAAGCAGUAAUAGGACACAGAAAGCGAAGUCUGUUCAGCCACCACCUCGGACGAGUCAGGCAAAUUUAUCGACUGGCGACACGUUGGCACCCGAGCCUCAUCGCCUAUCGACUGUGGCGGCCCAGCCGCCACGUACCGGAGGACGAGGGUCGACGCCAUCUUCAGCGAACAACAAGAGGAUGUCCACGAUGCCCAACAAUCACCACGGAUCACAUGCAUCAGGUCUCGGGGCCAGAACGAUUAGUCCUACAGACACUCGGAGAGCGAAGCGCAUGUCGACCAUGCCGACGUCACAAAGCCUGAGCCACAUUGUCCAUGUCCCACCACCGCCCCCAGUGUCCAUGGACUAUCGCGCUGAUUCGCGGUCGCCUUCUAUGAUUCCAAGAAGGGCUUCUGGGACACCAUCUUCUGCCAGGACCACACCCGACAUCAGCAACCGCAAAUCGUACAGCUCAGGGCUAUCCAUUGCUUCUAGUACAAGCUAUCCGGCCGUCAGGACGUCCACUGGCCCAAUUCAAACGCGACUCCCCGCGUCGGCUUCAGCAUCUCGUUUGCCAGCACCGAAACACACAACAGUGCAUAAUCCGUUACCUGCAGAAAGCGAGGAAGAGGUACCGCCUGUACCAGCGAUACCAAAAGCAUACGAGUCGCCGAAGGGCUCACCGGCGGAAGCCCUGUUCAUCGAUAGGAAAAAGUCUGGCCUCGGUGGCAUUGAUGCGCUUAGUAUCCACAGCAAUUCCACGGGUAGUAUCACCAUGCCUGUUCAACCUGAACCGGUAAAAGGUGUACGGAAAUCUUGUGCCCGGCAGAAUUUCUCUAAACCAGAGUCAACUGUUGAGGCUGAGAAGCCUGAUACACCAUCGAGCAGGAAACAUCUUCAGCCUCUCAGCCUCCCCCCUAUCAACCUGGGUCCUCUCAACAUCCCCCACCUUACCAAGACUUCGAGUCAAGAGCAUGGCCCCAUCGAUAGGAACCUAAGCCCACCGCCAUCUCGACAGAUCCCAAAGACGCCCACCACGCCGAUGACAGCCUCCAGGAGCGCAUUUUUCUCCAAGCAUCGUUUCGAUAAUACGGUGGAACUCCCGUCUUUGCGCAGCAGCAGCUCUGUUCACAUGAACCCUCGAGCAACUCCCACACCACCAGACGAGGAUUCAUCCGUGUCUUCUGUUGGACUCAAGGAGCCAUUUGAGGAACACAAGUCAAGCAUCUCGCCCUUCCUCUCAUCGUCUGCACCAAAAAGCGGGUUUGAAUCCCAUUUCCUGAAAAGAACCCAGACAGAUGCCGGCAACCGCACUAUGCCAGGAGCUCCGUUAGAGGGACGUACUCAUCAAAAGCCAGCGGGUCCACGAGCACCCCGGGACGAAAAAACAGUGGCAAAGUCGCCCACCCCGGGUCCAGCACCAGAGGAGCCCACCACACCCUCCUCGAUGAGUUCUCUCAGGAGGAAGCUGAGUCUGACAUGGAAACGCGACAAGACCAAGGGCAGCAAUGCCAGCACCAACGAAGCCGGAGACAAGUCGACACAGCCUGCGCAUCCGCAACUUCCAACAAGACAAGAUAGCAUGCCCCCGCCGCGCAUACCGGUUUCUGCGACUGUGAACUCCCUGUCGAACAUCAAACAGUCCGACGUUGCCACAUCUAAACCCAAUGGGGGCUAUCUUGAGUCUAGGCGACGAAAGAGCUCCGCAGCCAGCUUGAGCACAUACUCUUCUCAUGACCGAACCAAGAGCGACCCGUGGAGCAGCAAAAAGGACACACCAGAUGCCUCGACGAUGCCUACAGCUCGCCACACCUCCGUCAUGAACAAGCUCCUGAAGCCCAAGCCUUCCGCAAGCACAAUACAAAAUUCCGAUGCAUGGUCCACCGAACUGGACAAGGAUGACCUGGGUGCCGAGGAUGAGAUGCGGAAGAUGGGGUCUCGCCGCAAGGAAACGGAAAUUGCUGCGCGCACCAUUGACGCUCUUCGAAAGAGAGCCACGCGCAAGGAAAGAGUUGGCCCACACGAGGCAAUUCGCGUGGCGAUGCUCAACAUUUACGAGCGCGGCGAGAUUGUGGACUACCCUGACAUAUACUUUUGUGGUACACAGGGCGCGGCCAAGGUGGUUGGGGACAUGAAGUCAGACGCGCCGAACUUUGGCUACGACGAUGAUCGCGGUGAUUACACCAUUGUUCCUGGCGAUCAUCUCUCAUUCCGUUAUGAGAUUGUCGAUAUCCUGGGCAAAGGAAGUUUUGGACAGGUCGUGCGAUGCAUAGAUCACAAGCUUGGCGUCCUAGUGGCUGUGAAGAUCAUCAGAAAUAAGAAGCGCUUCCACCAGCAGGCACUAGUCGAGGUCGACAUCUUGCAGAAGCUGCGGGAAUGGGACCCUCAUAACGAGCACAGCAUGGUCAACUUUACGCAGAGCUUCUACUUCCGCGGCCAUCUCUGCAUCUCGACUGAGUUGCUGGACAUGAACCUGUACGAGUUUAUCAAGACGCACUCCUUCCGAGGCUUUUCUCUGCGCAUCGUUCGGCGUUUCACCAAGCAGAUCCUCAGCUCGCUCAUCCUGCUCAAGCAGAAACGCGUCAUCCACUGCGACUUGAAGCCUGAAAACAUCCUUUUGCGCCACCCUCUCCAUUCGGAGAUCAAAGUGAUCGAUUUCGGAUCCAGCUGCUUCGAGAAUGAGAAGGUCUACACAUAUAUCCAAUCUCGCUUCUACCGAUCGCCCGAAGUCAUUCUGGGCAUGACAUAUGGGCUGCCAAUCGACAUGUGGAGCGUGGGCUGCAUCUUGGCUGAAUUGUACACGGGUGUGCCCAUCUUCCCCGGCGAGAACGAGCAGGAGCAGCUUGCCUGCAUCAUGGAAGUAUUUGGACCACCAGAGAAACACUUGAUCGAGAAAAGCACCCGGAAGAAGCUCUUCUUUGAUUCAAUGGGCAAGCCUCGACUGACGGUCUCGUCCAAGGGUCGCCGUCGCCGCCCGUCCUCCAAGACAUUGCAGCAGGUCUUGAAGUGCGACGAUGAGCCAUUCCUUGAUUUCCUGGCGCGAUGCCUGCGAUGGGACCCAGACCGCCGCUUGAAGCCUGAGGAAGCUAUCCGGCAUGAGUUCAUAACAGGCAAGAAGACGAUAGCACCACCGCAGAGACAACCUACGCGCGAGUCUUCGCCCGUCAAGCGGCACAACACGGUAUCUGCGCCACGCCCGCUGCCAGAGCCACCAGCGAUAGGCAUGAAGCCAGCAGCUGGCCCCAGGACUGGGCCAAGUCCUCACAAACCGGUUGCUGGGGGCGCGAGGCGGAUUUCCGGGGCUACGGCCCCCACGACAGCCAGCAGUGCCAAGCGGACGAGCACGGGCAACAGCCUCGGCGCAGGCGUUGGCAGUUCAGCCAGUGGCCUCCCGAGGGCAGCAGGUCGCAGUGCUAGCGGCAAACAAGACCUUGCCGCGGCCGGGGCGACGGCUGCGAUGAGUCGACGUGUGUGAAUGAUACGAUACACCAUAGAGGGACGACAUGAUAUGCAUUAGAAGUGUGAAGGGGCGGUGGUGGUGGUGUCAGGAGAGAAGAUGGAAUGGGCCACACAUGGGAGUAGUGGAUCCCCCUUUUUGUGUGUUGAAUUACGGCAUCAAGAUAUACCAAGCAUUGAGCGAGCACAGUAAGCUUUGAUCUUCAACUGGGGCAGCUCUUUCGGAGCAAGCCCCGUUACUUAUAUGUACCUGCAGUUGCUGGAAGUAGACGGACGGACUAGAGGGAGUCAGCCGUCAUAGAAAGACAUUGCCUUGAGAGGUACGUGAACCAUCUCGCGUGAAGGCGGACGUGGAGUAUGAAGCGCCUGCGAAGGCAGUCUGUCCCCUGGUACCUGGGCGAAAGAAAGGCUGUACGUCCAAGAUGGAUCAUUGCUAUUUUUA